CCCCAGAAAAGUAGGUUUCUCAUUCCUCAUUUUCCAGACCCCUGCUGCAACCUGUGGUUAGUUCUCUGUCUGCCCCUGCAGGACUGCAUUUCAAGGAUUCCAGCAGCUCCUUUGCUCCUCACUAUGGCUGCUGCUCCCCUGGGGCAACCCCCAGUCAGGCUUUCUUUGGAAAGGCUUGGUUACUAUAGGGAUGAUAACCUGAGACUCUGGAAGGUUUUAAGCCUGCGAUUUACUCCUGACCAUCCAACUCAUAGCAACCCUGGAGCCAGAGUAACUGUCAGGUUGUCGCAAGUAGACGAAUGCUGCCAGGAAAUCCGUUCCCCUAUGUUCUCAUGUUUGGCCUGUCUCCCCAUGUCAUGGAUGCAUCUUUCUCUGGGAUUAUACAGCGGGUCAGAUGUAAGGUUGUGGAAACUAGUGGAACAUGACUGGGUAAGUGUGUGCUGCCUCCCAGUGAAAGCUGCAGCAGUUUGGAGACAUAGAGCAACUGGAACUAGAGAUGGGGAACCCAAUUGCUCUAGGCUUGGAUUCAGUUCUCUGGCCCAUGCACCCUCAGUGAAGAUUUUAUGCAUCUACUUCUCUGCGAUUCCACAUGUAUCCAGUUUCCAGUCUCUCCUGCAUGGCCCAGCCCUGAACUUCACAUGAUCUGCUCCUGUGAGCCUGGCUGUCUGUGUCCUGUGCCUUCUCACUUCCUGGGUACAAGCUGUGACUUUCUUUUGCCUCUGAUGCUGACCAUACAGAUUGUCCUUCUCAAGUCCUCUCAUUCCUUUGAACCACUCCCCUGGGCUCGCAGUGCAGCAUGCCCCUCGGGCACCUGUGGAGCAGGUAUGGAUGGGGACUCCAUGCCCUGUGGAUCUCUGAGUUACCAAUGCUGGCUGGAAGUUGACCUGGUGCUGGGCAGAGGGCGCUGUGCUCCGAGCUUGAAGGAACAAUGGGAUGUGCACAGGGAGCAUCUGGUCACUUCUCCCACGUGCUCAGGACUUGGUUCCCAGAAGUGAUGCUGACCCUAAUGACUGGCCAACACUUGUUUUUAACUAAUUAAAGUUACUGCUUUUACUUAA